AUCCAUUCCAAUUCAGUCUCCUUUUCCAUCUGCUAAAAAACUCUAUAUCUGGGUGAGAGUGAUUCAUUCGCUACGGUACGUGGUAGGCAAUGAAACAUUACGAGAAUAGCGUAUGGCUAUGUAUGGGCUACAUGAUGGUGUUCUGGUUUUGCUUUGGUUCAACGCCAGUGCAGUCAGAGAGUAACCAAACAUCAUCCGUCACGGUGGCCAACCCGAUAGUGAGGCUGGUUCUACCGUCAGAUGAAUUCGAUGUGGCACUCUACAUUGAUUUUAUCGAGAAUCUCCGAGGUAGUUUACGUGAUCCAGACGAGGAUCCAAGUAAUUGGCAUGGUUACACUGCACUCCGUAGAGGUGGCAUUAAUCUGCCUAGGCCCCAACGUUUUCAGCUAGUGGAACUGUCAAUUCAAAAUCACGAGGCAGCGGUUACUUUAGCAUUAAACUCAACCAACGUCUAUAUAGCUGGUUUUCUUGCUGGAGAUCGCCUGCAUUAUUUUCCAGAUACGUCGGAUGUCGCCUCGAUUGCUUUCCCCAAUGUACAUAUUCGGUAUCAACUCCCAUUUGGUGAAGGUUAUGAUUCACUAAGAAGAUCUGCUCGUGAGAGUAGGGAACAAAUCCCGCUGGGAGCCCGACCACUAUAUAAUGCUAUCCUCAACCUUUAUUCAGCAGGUCGUAGCGGCCCCAUCGGUCAGCGACAACAAGGUGCAGCUAGAGAUCUUACAAUUAUCAUUCAAAUGAUUUCAGAGGCAGCUCGGAACAGUAUCAUUGCUGGCAGAUUAUCAUUCUCCAUUUAUAACCACGUGGAACGAGUUCCGGAUCCUGACAUGAUUAGAUAUGAAAAUAGAUGGGGAAGGCUCUCAGGGAGGAUUCAGACGGCUGGACCAAAUGGAGUGUUUGAACCAGUAGAUCUAUUAAAUCGUCGAAACGAACGGUUCGAUGUGUCAAAUGUAAAUGACCUUUACGUCAGAGCUGCCAUGGCUUUGGUGUUAAACAGCUGCUCGGCAGAGAGACAAGCAUAUGAUGGCAUGUUUUCUCCACUUAUAAUUAGGUCUGUCGUAACAGAUUACGAAGAAGAUGUUUGUGAAGUUUAUGAAGAGCCUAUAGUCCGUAUAGUCGGUCCGAAUGGUUUGUGUGCUGAUGUGAAGGACAACGACUACCACAAUGGAAAUGGAGUAAUUUUAUGGCCUUGUAAAUCAAAUUCAGAUGUUAAUCAAUUGUGGACAAUCAAGAGGAAUGGGAUGAUUCAAUCUAACACCAAGUGUUUGACUCCUUUCGGGUUUAAUCCUGGAGACUAUAUGAUGAUAUACGAUUGUCCAUCUCAAGUCGACGACAAAACCCGAUGGCAAGUGUGGGACAACGGAACGCUCAUGUCCGGAACUGGUUUAGCAUUGUCUGCUAAUUCAGUGGCUCAGGGUACCCUACUAAAAGUGGAGACCAACACUUAUACCACAUCACAAUCAUGGCGUCCUACAAGUAUUACACAGCCUUUAUUUACAUCCAUUAUAGGGCUUAAUCGACUUUGCCUACAAUUAAAUGAAAACGGCUAUGUUUGGCUAGAAAAGUGCGUACCAAAUAACGAAGACCAAACGUGGAUUCUGUAUCCGGAUGGUUCGAUAAGGCCUCAGCGAAACCAACAGAGCUGCCUUUUUGGUGAUCCUGAUCAUGUCCAAAUUGUGACAUGUAACCUACUUUCUUCAGGACAGCGAUGGGAGUUUAAAUCUGACGGGUCUAUUUUGAAUCUGUACUACAAUAUGGUUCUAGAUGUGAAGCAGUCAGAUCCGAGCCUAAAGCAAAUAAUGAUCUAUCCUUUCCAUGAAUCGGCUAAUCAAAAAUGGUCACUUGUAUUUUGAUUCCAUGUCCUCUUUCUAUCGUUUGCUUGUCUGUAUAUAUAUAUGCUUUGCUUAUGAAUGUUCUGUCAAAUAAAUAAAACAACAUCCA